AUGAUUGCAGGAGGCAACGAUACCACCACGAUCACUUUGACAUGGGCAAUAGCAUUACUGUUAAACAACUGUGAAAACUUGAAAAGAGCCCAAGAUGACACCGAGAUAGGAAGAGAGAGAUUUGUGAGUGAGUCGGAUAUGAGCAAGCUGGUUUAUAUCCAAGCCAUAGUGAAAGAGACGCUUCGGUUAUACCCAGCAGCACCAUUAUUAGCACCACAUGAAUUCGACAAGGACUGCACCAUAGGUGGCUACUAUGUCCCAAAGGGUACACGGUUGAUCACAAACUUAUGGAAGAUUCAAACAGACUCAAAAAUGUGGCUGGAUGACCCAUUAGGGUUCAAGCCGGAGAGAUUUCAAACCACCCAUAAGGAUGUCAAUGUUAGGGGUCAACACUUUGGGUUCAUUCCAUUUGAAAGUGGAAGAAGAGCAUGCCCUGGACUAUCUUUUGGUAUUCAAAUGGUGCAAUUUAUAUUGGCCAACUUCCUACAUGCGUUCCAAGUUUCAACUUUUUCCGAUAAUGCACCAAUUGAUAUGACGGAGAGUUUUGGGCUCACUAACAUCAAGGCUACUCUACUUGCAGUUCUUAUCGAGCCUCGUUUGUCUCAUAAGCUUUAUAGAUGA